AUGGACGAUCGCGAGCAGCGUGCCAUCAAGGCGACGUUAAUUUUAUGCAGGAAUCGAAGGACGAAGGACCUCGCCCGAAGAAGGACUCGUCACACCCGGGGAACAAGUGCCGCCGACGGUGAACCGGUCGAGCGACGGAGAGAGACAGAGGAAGCGCUCGUUCGGGGUGCCUGCAAGCGGACGGCGUGCGACGGAGACGGUAGCUCGGCCGUGCAAAAACCACCCCCUCGCGCGCAGAGACGCACAAGCGUAGGCGGCUCUAUACCUGCAGGAAAUUCCCAUGGGACCGGGUAG